GGCAGGGGGCGGUGGUGAUGGUGGUGACGCUGGGGAGGCAGGGAUUGGUGUUACAUCGCUUUGGUGGGCACUGGUCAGUCUUGCCACACACUCUCCUAAUAGUGAUCAGUGCAUAUUCCUGGCGGUGGCGGUGGUGGUGGUGUGAUUACAUUGUUUUGGCAGGGGCACUGGGGAAGGAGGGAUUGGUGUUACAUUGUUUUAGUCAGCACUGGCCAGUCUUGCCACACACUCUCCUAAUAGCGAUCAGUGUUUGCAUAUUCCCGGCAGCUUCUUCCUCCAUUAAGCAGCACCAGAGAGACACAGCUACUUAAUUAAGUAAACAUGUCCACCGAUGCGAGCGAGGUGGCGGAGGAGUACAGAUCGUCCUUGAGAGACCUGGUGAACAAUUCCAAGCCCUUGAUCACCAUGUUGACGAUGCUGGCGGAGGAGAACAGAUCACAAGCCAGUGUUAUUGUGAAGGUUAUUGAAGAACACAUCCACGAGGUGCCAGGUCCCCAGAAGCUACCUGUCAUGUACCUGAUUGACUCUAUAAUGAAGAAUGUUGGCACGCAGUAUAUUAAACUCUUCGCCUACAACAUUAUAUCCACAUUCUGCUGCGUCUUCGAAAAGGUUGACGAGAGGACGCGGAAAAAGCUUUACGAGCUGCGGACAACCUGGAAUGAGGUGUUUCCGAAGUCGAAACUGUAUGGACUGGAUGUGAAGGUGCAGGCCAUCGAUCCUGCCUGGCCCCUCCCCAUUGUGCCCUCGGUGGGGGGGACACAGCCCACCGCAUCCAAGCCCAACAUUCACAUCAACCCUAACAUUAUUAAGCCCGGAGGAGUUAAGGCAACCUCUCUCUCCACUUCCUCCUCCCAGAAGAACCAGAAGGAUAUGGAGAUUCUCAAGCUGAAGAGAGAGGAGGAGUUGUUGUCCCUGGAGCGGAAGAAACUCAUGCUAGAGAAGAAGAAGAUUCUCCUUCAGCAGAGUCGACAGACCAAGGGAGACACUGAGACAGAGAAGCCAGUUAAUGAAGACCCAAGCAUAUCAAGUGAGCGUCGAUCUCAGUUCCUGCGGUCGUACAAGAUUAAGAAAAAGGCACAAGGGGAGGAAGAGUCCAAGGUCCCAAACAUCCACUUGGACCCAAGACGUGUCCACCAGGUACUGCCCUUAGUGGCGGCCACCUCACCCUCCCCCUUGGCCCAGCAGGACCCCAGAUCCCGGGGGCAGGAGGCUGCGUCCCGUGACCCCAGACUGGCACAGGAGCAGCGGCCGUCAGGCGGGGAAGCCUCAAGGGACCCGAGGCGGAGCGCUGAGAUGUCCCGCGAUCCCCGCCUGGCUUCUCACUCCUCUGAGGCCCCCAAGGCUUCCCGCGACCCCAGGCUGGCAGGGAAGGAAUCCAAGGAGAAGAAGGACAAGGAGAAGGAGAAGGAGAAGGAAAAAGAGAAAGAGAAGGAGAGGAAAGAGAAGGAGGAUAAAAAGAAAGACAAGGAGCACCACAGGAGUAGCUCCAAGAAGGAAUCGUCUUCCUUAUCCCCUUCAUCUUCCUUGUCAAGUUCAAUCCGAGAUUCCAAGAAGAAGAAGGACAGUGGAAAGUCCUCUUCAUCCAAGUCCUCAUCCAGCUCCUCCAAGUCAAGUCACCACGAGAAGGAGUCCAUCAUUGCCACAACCAUCACCACGCCACCCACCAUCAGUCUCACUGCCUCUGCCACCACCACCUCCUCUCCCUCCACUCCUUCAUCCUCCUCCAAAGACUCCAAGAAGUUGUCCUCGACGCUGGAGUCCACAGAGGGCCCAGCCACCUUCAAGAGUGACCGACGGAGGAGCCAGCGCACCUACAAGAAGCGCGAGGAGAGCCCCGACGACACCCCGGAGCCCCAGACCAAGCGGAGCCGAGGCGAGGUCACGUCAGAUUCCGAUAGUGACCAUUACGACGCCAAUAGGCCGAGUCCGUCAUUGUACAAUAAGUCCGCCAAGAAAGUGGAUGCAGGCAGUGUCACUCCCUCCACCACCGUUGCGGACACCGACUACCGCCAGUUCACCUCGCCACCCACCAAGACAGAGGAGAAUGUGUCCCCAGCCAAGAAGGACUGUCUCAUUGACGAACUGUUCAGCAAGAAGGAUGUGGACUACCGCCAGCUGCUGCCACAGCCUGGCAUGCUGCCCACAGCCACACUGCCAGCGGCCUUCAAGAUGGCAGACCAGGACGACCGCACUCCACCCAUAGACAAGUCCCACCAUCCACCACGGGAACCACUGGCACCCCUCAAUAAGGACACCAACUCCCCACUCCAUGCAAAAGCAGAGCCCACCAGCCCUACCACUCCUGCCAUCAGCGAGCUGGAGCGCAGCAGAAAGCUGAGCUUCAACAGUCCUCAUGCUGCCUCCUGGGAGAAGUUCAGGCAGAAAAAUCCAGAAUUCAAGGAGUACCAGAGACAAGCCAGUACCUCAGAGUCAGAGAGAGGCUUCAGUCCCAUGCAUGGGGACCAGGACAUGCCCUUCUGUGGCAAUGCCUCCCAGCAGCCACCCUCUUCCCAGGGACCACCGUUCCCUGGCCGGCCUUUUGAGGAGCCCCAUGGUACCCCACACGGCAGGCCGCGGGAGGGCCCCUGGCAGACUUUUGAGGAGGGGGACCGCAGGGCCCUCUUUGGCAGGAACAAGGCAGCGCAGGAGAACUUUAAGGUGAUCCUGGAGCAAGCCCAGGAGCAGCGGGACCGAGGGGAGAUCAGUGAGCUGCAGUACCAGCACAUGGCCAACCAGCUGCGCCUCUUUACUGAGCAGGAGCAGAUCAGGGAAGCCAGGGAGAGGGACAGACUGCAGCCAAGACCCAUCAACCAGCCACAGCAGCAACCACAGCAGCAGCCACAGCAACAGCAGCAACAGCAGCAGCAGCAGCAGCAGCAACAACAGCAGCAGCAGCAGCAGCAGCAGCAGCAGCCACCGUACAAAGGGUCUGAGGCAGACUGGGGUGCGGGGCGUGGCCGUGGCGGGGGCAGAGACAUGGCCGACAGCUUCCGAGGUGGCGGCCGGGGCAGCUUCCUCGGCUCCGGCAUGCACCAGCAGCCCCGCAACAUGGGACGGGGAGGCCGCUUUGAGGAGGAGGACAGUGGCUGGGGUCGAGGCGGGGGCGGGGGCAGAGGCUGGCCCUGGCGAGGUGGCAGGCACCCGAGGGAGGAGCGAGGCGGUGGCGUGGGUCACAGUGGGGGGUGGGGGCCGCACAGGGACAACAUGCUGGAGGACGAGUGGACGGGAGAGCCGGACCUCCCCUACGUCUCUGAGGAGACCCUGAAGGCGGCGGCGCGGGAGGCAGAGACGCGCACCAUCGAGAUUGAUGGUGUGCCGCGGGAGAUCCGCACCUACGGGGAGACGGCCGUCAUCCUGCUGGACUGGAACGAUCCGCGCAUUCUGACUUUUGGUGAGGGCCACUGCAACAUUGUGUUUGAUGAGGGCAAGUUUGUGCUGCCCAUGCGCAUCGGGGAGGACUACAAGGAGUUCACCAUUGAUGGGGAGACCCACCGGGUGAAGCUCGGCGUGCCCACCCAGGAACUGAUGCUGGAUGGCCGGGGCUAUCAGUGCUUCUACGGCGGCAAGCCCAUCACGGUGCACCUGGCGGGCCAGCCCAGGACGGUGUAUCUGGAUGGCAAGCCGCCCAAUGUCAACAUUGGCCCCAUCACCAACACCGAGUUUGUGGCAGGCAAGGUGCAGCUAGUGAUCCACGCCAAGAAGGUGGUGAACCUGUUCCUGGACGCCAAGCCGCAACGCUUCAACAUCGACGGCAAGCCCUUCGUGCUGCAGUUCACGGAUGCGCUCCGUGCCGUCCUCAUCAACAAUGUGAGGUUCCCCGUGGAGUUCGGCGGCCUGCCCAUUGGCAUCAGCGUGCGCGGCUUCCGGCGGUUCCUGCGCUUCACGUCACUGCCGCCGGGUGUGGUGGCCAGCAAGGUGCACAUCCGGGGCAUGGAGACCGAGGCACAGAAGAAGUCUGGCUUGCCCCCCGUCCCGCCUGUUGCGGACAAGUUCCUGGACGGACAGAGCCGCGGCUCCCCCUCCCUUGAGAUGGCUCGUAAUGUUAACUUCCCCAUAGACAAGCCUGCUGUGGCUCCCCACCUGCCGGUGAGCAUGGGCCAGCCAACAGACGUCGUGUUUGGGGCCCACCAGGGACCUGCACUGCCCAUGGGACCCAACCCUCCACGCCCAGUGAUGCCUGUGCCUCCCCAGCACUCUCACCCCAUGCCCUCAGGUCUGCCACACCCUCCUGCACCACCCCAGAUACCCACCUCCCUCACUCAGAUACCCCCCCAGUUCCCAGCACCCAUCUCUUCACAAGGAGCUCCAUUACCUGCCCAGAUGACCCUGCCCAAUGUGGCCGUGCCCAGCUUAGGCCAGGCUGUGACAACAAUGGCAAUGCCCGUGGCGUACAGGACCUCCCAGGUGCCUGCCACCACCUUCAAGCCCACCCAGGCCAAGCCCUUGGACUUGUCGGCCCUGCUGGAGGACCUCACCCGCAAGGGUCUCAUUGGACAGAAGCCCCUCACUACCUCCAAGGUGCGCAAAGACAAGGAAGAGGCAGACAAGAAGAAGGAGGAGGAGGAGCAGAGAGAAAAGGAUGAACUUAUUCCAUUUGAGCUUAUGUUCACCUCAGAGAACCUACGCAAGCGUCGCUCGUGGGUGAUCGAGGCGCAGUACCGAGGAAUGCAGUGCUCGUCGUGUGGGCUGCGCUACCCACCUGAGCAGACCCUGCAGUACUCACACCACCUGGACUGGCACUUCCGGCAGAACAAGAAGCAGCAGGAGUCCACCAAGAAAGCCAACACCCGCAAGUUCUAUUUUUCCGUCCCAGACUGGCUGCAGUACGAGGAGAUUGAGGAUGUGGAGGAAAGAGUUCCCAGCAUGUUUGAGACGGAGGGCAUCGAGAACACCAUGGAGGCGGAGGAUGCAGAGGAGCCAAGCGUAGCCGUCUCCUCAGACGCUGCACUGGGCAUCUGUCCCGCCUGCCACGACACUUUCUCCCAGUUCUUCCACCAGGAGACGGAGGAGUGGAGGUACCACAAUGCCAUACAGGUGGAGGGAAUCAACUACCACCCAGGGUGCCACCAGGACCUGUUGAGGGCGGAGGAAGCAGAAAAAGAAGCAAAGAAAGAAGACAAAGAGGAAUCAGAGGAUGUUCAGAUGAAGGACGUGUCAGAGGAAAAGAAUGAAGAAGAACAGAAAGAAGAGGAAAAGGAAGACUCAGCUGAAUCAAGUACAAAGGACAAAGAUAAGGAAGAGGAAACUACCACAGCAGCAGCAGCAGCAACAACAACAACAACAACAACAACAACAACAACAACAACAACAACAGAGACAGAAAAUGAGGCUGCAGGAGACAAAGAGAAUAGUGUGACUGUCAACGGAGAGCAGAUGGACACAACGCCAGCACCAGAGGAGACUCCACCCACUGAGAUGCAGCUUCCAAUCCGCAUCAAGGAGGAGCCAGUGGAUGUGGAGGAGGAGGAGGAGAUGACUGAGGGUACCGCCAGUAUGCUGUCUUCCUUCGAGGGCGUCACCAUCAAGCAGGAGAUCAAGCAGGAGCCGCCCGAUGAUGUCUUUGACUCACUCCCCGACCCCAACAUCCUGGAGACUGGCGAGUGCAUGGAGGAAGCUCCCCAGACUGAGGAAGGGGAGGACGGGGAGGCAGGGGAUGACAUUGAGGAGAUGGAACACCUGUGGGAGCCUCCGGUGGUGUCGGUCAAUGCUGCGGAGACAGACAUUGCCAGCUCCAUCGAUGGGAACAUGGAGUUGACGAGCCCCACGGAAGCGAUGACGACCCGGCCGGCCAUCACCAAGAUCAAGCUCAACAUUUCCAAACCCAUUGUGAGCAACUCCAACAGCAACAACACCAACAGUGAUGCCGUCAACAACAACAACAACGAAGAUGACGGGGAACGCAAGAAGAGAGAUGCACUCAACUCCAGCAGCAUAGACGAGGAAGUGGAGGAUUUUGUCCCACCUCCCUUCACCGUGGACCUGGACCUCAAGCCGGCUUUCAGGGACGUGGAGCUGACAGAGCAACCAAUUCUGCAGCAGGGAGUGGAAGCGUCCGGCCUGUGCUCCAUCAUGUGAGGCCGCCAGUGUCACAAAGGUGGACUGUUGAGUACUGGUGGCUGGGCGUGGAAUACAGUGUUGGUGGAGUGCAUUGUGGUUCCUUGCAGUACGUGAAGCUCUGGUCACUGUGUUGGUGCUGUGAUUUGUGUGUUGGUUACUCUGUUGAUUUGAGGAAUUUUACUUUAGGUUUGUGGAGCAUAUUUUUGUGUUUCAUGCUGUGUAAUGAAGACGAGCGUUCAGCGGCAUUACCUGAAGAUGGUUGGGGGAGUGUUGCAGGCUGGUGAUGCAGUGAAGGCAAGGCUGCAGCUCCCGUGUCUGUGGUUGCCCUUAUCUGCUCCUUGUCCUGGCCGUACAUCAGUGUUGUGCCUAGAGAGGAUAGUGGCCAAUCCAGCACAUCCUUCAAAAUGAUAACAUAUCUUACAAUGGGAAAUUCAGAAAAAAAAUUUAAAAAAUCUCAGGUAUGUUUUCCCCCCAUAAAGAUGAAGUCAAGUUAUAAUUUAAAGGAAUCUUUUUUACUCUUGCAAAAACAUCUUCACUUCAUGCCUUUGAAAUUUCUCUCACACUUUAUUCUUCAUCUCCUUGAGUUCUGAACCAAAACCUCUCUUUAAGUCUUCUCUUCUCACACAUUUUGUAAUCAGUAACCCGAGUCACUUCCAUUUAUUUUGACAUUUUGGUAUGAGCCUCACAUCAGACCAGCCUCCUGACCAGCCCAGACACUGCACCACUACUACUUAUUCCACACUGGCCCUGCCUCCCCUGGUGUGCAGGGCGGGUGAGUGGCGGCGGGGCAGCCGUCGUCUGCCUGGACCAUAGUUUCUCUGAAUGCGCCCCGAGUGUGGACAUGAGGCACGGGGCCGCCCCUCCUCUGGGUCGUCCGAGACCCAGGGCGCUGUGUGAGUGUGGCUCAAGUUUGUAAACUAGUAUUAGCAGGAUAUAUAUCUAAUAUAUAUAUCUAGUUUUGUAUAUUUGUAUAUGCAUAUUGUAAAAUAAAUUAUAUUUUCUUAGUUUCUUUCCUUCAUUUCACCUGUGGCAGGAUGUAGUUAAUUCUGUGCAUUGAUAUGAUAGUUGAUGUUUGGCCAUUGAGUAGCAUUAUCACUAUUACAUUAUCCUAACCAUGUGUAAGACGGCCCAUUAAAGUCUGGAAAUACAGAGGUUCUUGUUUCAUUCAGGCUUGCCCUCAGCAUCAUAUAGUCCCCAUGCUGUGCCUGAAGGACGCUUCUCUCUGUGUUGUCAGGGCAAGGGUUGCUGUGUUGGCUUGUAAUAAAUGCAGUGUUUCAA